AUGCUUGCAACCGCCACUUGUGCUCCAGGGAUGCAAGAUGCGACCGUCGCAACCUGCCGUCUCGAGUCGGCUGAGAACAACGGCAAAGGGCGGGCAUCCUGCUGUCUACCUAUGACACCUGCAGUCGCCUCCGACGCAGGACGGAGGGGGCCACCGCUUCUGCCUAACAACGGGCCACCGCAUCUGCCCAACGACGGGGUGAGCCACCUUGCCUGUCUAAAGACGGAGGGUCCCCACUCCCGCCGUACAACGUGCGGGCCUUGCUUCUGUCGCACGACGACGGAAAGGCAUCCGCUGCCCGUCAGCAAGGUCCAUCUCCGUCCAACAAAAUACCGCCCCCGGCAAAGCGGACCUGCUCGUGCGUGCCACACGACCGAUUUAAAUGCCCAGGUUCCGGACCUCUGA